AUGACGACGAAACCCCGACAGACGAUCGCGGUGAAAUCAUCAAACGCUUUUGCGGAUGAUGAAUUGUACGUCCCUCCGGGAGGUUCCAUCGUGGACGCGUCCGGGUACGAGAUGUUUUCGUCCGCGUCCGGUAUAAUUCGCUCGGAAACGCAGGCGAAUAUGGUCGUCCCGCGAUCCGAAGCUGGCGAUCCGUUUCAAAUGCUCCUGAGGCAAAGAAUCGUCAUGCUGGGGAACCAAGUGGACGACUUCAUCGCGGACGCGAUUAUUUCUCAGUUGCUUUUGCUGAACCAACAAGACCCGACGAAGCCAAUCAAAUUGUUUAUUAACUCGCCCGGUGGGUCAGUCACGGCUGGGAUGGGGAUUUAUGAUGCCAUGCAGUUUGUGCAGGCGCCGGUCGGGACGGUGUGCAUGGGGUUGGCGGCGAGUAUGGGGGCGUUUUUGUUAACCGCGGGAGAGAAAGGGAAGAGAUUGUCCAUGCCGAACGCGAGAAUUAUGAUUCAUCAACCGUUGGGUGGUGCGAGUGGUCAAGCGGUGGAUAUCGAGAUUCAAGCGAAGGAGAUGAUGUUUCAUAAAGGACGAUUGAACCAGUUGAUGGCGUUUCACUCCGGGCAGCCGGUGGAGAAGAUUGACGUGGAUACGGAUCGAGAUCGAUACAUGUCGCCGCUGGAGGCGAAGAAUUACGGGUUGAUUGACGAGGUUAUUGGUGGUGACGACGCUGGGUUGAAGAUUGAAGGCGAAAUGGCUGACUUUAAGAAGACCAAGGCUGAGUACGUCAGCUGGGGGAAUAAGUAA